UGUUUCCCUUGUGUGCUGCGUCAUACUACUCAGUGAUGUAAAGUCAGUGGUAGCUGAUGUGUUGGAUGUAGCCUAGCCUACUACUAGGUAGAUGGGUUACAAGUUGCACUUGUCAUAGGACGUAGCUAACUGCUAUCUCCACCUGUACUUAGAACGUAGCAUGAGGACAUUAGGUCUCCAUAAAAAUGAAUGUUUAACCCAUAGCCUGUAAAAUUAAGGUUUGACCCAGCGGGGCAGUGUUAGUAUGACAUGUUUACGUCGCAUGGUUUAGGUGCGGUUAUCUGUUUCCGGUGUGAGAAAAGGAUAAAACGCAGCCGGUCCCCUCCUUCUUUAGUCACCUGUUUGGGAAAGUUUACGAACAGAGUCAACAAAAUGUCUUUCGACCUGUCGUCAGCUUUAGGUCAGGAAGAUGAGGUGAAGAAGAAGGAUGCUCAGAAGGAUGAGUUUAAUUUGCCCUGGCAGAAGAAAAAGGAAAUGGAAGGUGGCAAGUCUGACAAAAAGCACAAGUCUGACAAAGGGGACAAGUCUGACAAAAAGCACAAGUCUGACAAAGAGGACAAGUCUGACAAAAAGCAUAAGUCUGAAAAAUCCAAGGACAAAGAUGGCAAAGACCACAAGAUGAAGCCCAAGAAGAAAAAGGAAAAGAAGGAGGGCAAGAAAUCAGGCUCUUCAUCCUCCAGCAGCAGUGAUGAGCUGUAUUCAGAGGAAACAGAUUCCAAACAUGUUGAUCACAUUUGUAUGAAUAUGUUUUUUUCAUACAAAUGGCAAAAGAACCAAGCCCAGGGUGGGAGAGAAGGGAAACAGGUCCGAAAGGUGCGUCAUAGGAGCUGUUGUUGUCUAAUCACCUUCAUAAAAGUGAACACCCUGCAGUCAUACAUGUCAUGGUCCGACCACACCCAAUAACAUCCAAAAUAUGCU